AGCAAGUACUCUGACUACCAUUGUACUAUGUACAACGUCUCCAUCAACACAUGUAACUGAUCAUCAACUGGCCCCACAGUACCUCAAAAAUCGUCUGAAUCUUGACUCAUCUAUUGAAUCCUCAUUACUCGAUAUCUAACACAGGAUGAACCCAAUGCGGCGAUCCUUGAAGCGAGCUUUGACGUACAUUAUCUACCAUGUACAAUAACUUCGUCACUAUGGUCAUUUCCCCCACUCAGAGCACGAGGACUUUUACCUUGUCCAGGAAACAUACUUAAGCUGGACCCGCUCAGGCAGUAUGACACUCAUCAUCUAGAUUCUGCUUCCUGUCUGCCAUCCAUCCCAACUUGAAAUCUAUCCACCAAUACUCAUUUUUGUAGUCACCCAUACCAUCCUCCAAUGGCUUGUAAUCUCGCAAAUAUCCAUGUACCUGAGCUGACGGGAAGAGUCGUGACCACCGACAAUCGCGCAUCCGGCAGUGGAAACUUCGCAGACGUUCGGAAGGGAAUCUACACCCAGCAAGGUCAUAGUAAUACCGUAGCUGUGAAGAUAUUGAGACCACCACUUCUGUCAGACAUGCGUCUUGCGAGGAAAACCAUACGGGCAAAAGCUUGGAGUACGCUGAAUCAUCCCAACGUGGUUGGAUUCAUCGGUGUGUGCUAUCAAGAUAUGCGAUGUGGUACCCCCAAGUAGCAUGUGGUUAAUGCUGACGGCCUGCUGGGGAUGCGACUGGCUGUAUCCGAAUUGAGAACAUCUAUCCUGGUUUGCAGUAAGCUACAUGGUGAAACUUUGUAGAUCAUACAGAACGUCCUUUACACUACAUAUAAUUAACAUAUACAUAAGAUUAUAUAUUGUGGAUUAUUAUAAGCACGGAGCGUUUGAUCUCGCGGAA